UAAUGGCACAAGACUCGAAGAUGACUGAGUAAGAAGUGGGGAUGCGUACACGGUCUACGCACACACACACACGCAACAAAAGGACAAAGAACAAAGAAAACUUGGAACAGAUCUUCAAAAACAAAAAAAAAAAUUAAAUUGACAAUAAUUCGUACCACGUGACAAAAAACUAAAAGCACAAUACAUUUACAGAGUACAUACUUACGGUUUUGUAAAUAGCUUGUGGUUUGUUAGAAGGGAAAAAAAAGGUACGGAAAUAAAAAAAAACGUAAAAACGUGUGGCAGAAAUAAAAAAACAUAUUUUUUUUUUUAAAUAAAAAAAUACAAUUGAUAAUGUUCGAAGUACUGAGCAAAGUAAAAGGUUUGCUAAAAAUUGAUCAGGUGUGUAUUGACAACAAUGUAUUUCGUUUACAUUAUAAGGCAACGAUGAUUUUACUUGUCGUUUUUUCCGUACUGAUCACGUGUAAACAAUUUGUUGGAGAUCCAAUUGAUUGUACUAGUGGUAAUGAUAAAAUACCACAAAACGUUAUGGAUACUUACUGUUGGGUGCUUUCUACCUUUACGAUGCCCAAUUUGACUGGUACCAUUGGCAAGAAUAUUGUAUAUCCAGGUGUUGGAAUUGGCAGAUCCAACGAAGGCGUUAAGUAUCACAAGUAUUACCAGUGGGUUUGUUUUAUGCUAUUCUUUCAAGGUAUAUUAUUUUACAUACCACGUUAUCUAUGGAAAAUUUGGGAAGGUGGUAGGAUAAAAAUGCUGAUGCAGGAUCUCAACUGUCCUAUUACAAGCGAUGCUGAAAAAACAGAAAAGAAUUAUCAAUCAUUAGUUAGUUAUUUAACUGAAAAUACUGGAGUACAAAAUUUUUAUGCAUAUCGUUUUUUUCUGUGUGAAAUAUUGAAUUUUAUAAAUGUCAUUGGACAGAUUUAUUUAAUAGAUUUAUUUCUUGAUGGUGAAUUUAGAAGUUACGGCAUGGACGUUAUUAAAUUCGCUGAAAUGGAAUCUUACGAUAGAAUAGAUCCGAUGUCACGUAUAUUUCCUAAAAUUACCAAGUGUUCUUUUCAUAUGUUCGGUAGUUCUGGUACAAUUGAAAAAAUUGACGGACUAUGUGUAUUACCACUCAAUGUUAUUAAUGAAAAAAUUUAUAUUUUCAUCUGGUUCUGGUUUAUAAUUCUUGGAAUUUUGAGUGGCUUGAGUUUAAUUUAUCGUAUUGCUGUUAUUAUGGGACCAAGACAAUUUCGUGCUAAACUUUUAAGCGCUUGUUCUCGUCUUUCAUUAUCACAUCAUAUAUACAUAAUUACUCGAGAGUUUGAAAUUGGUGAUUGGUUUAUUUUUUACCAACUAAGCAAGAACAUAGAUUCACAUAAAUACAGACAACUGAUUGCUGAUGUUGCUAAGAAGUUAAAUGACCGCAAUGACUACAAAUCUGACCAUUUAACUGCUUGAACAAAAAUUCAUUUAAAAUAUUUAAAAUCUAAUUCAAUAUUACAACGAAGCAGAAUAUACGAUGGAAGCUUAAAGUUUAAGUUGAUCUAGAUUUAAACACGUACGUAAAUAACAAUUAUUUCUUUUUAAUUAGGUUUUUUUUCUUUAUUACUUUGUUUGAAUAAUAAGUACUGCUUACCUUACUUCAAUAGUUUCAAAUCUAUAAGUAUUAUGCAUUUAUUCAAUACGACAAUUCAUACAUUCAUACUAUUUAUUCAAACAUUUAUAUAAUAUUAGAAAUUUAUAUAUUUCAUAUAAUUAUUAUAUUAUUUUUAUCCAUUAUUAUAAGUAAUUAUUUUUCAUAGUAAGUUUUGUUUAUAACGUUUGUGAAGAAUUUUAUAUGCAUA